CACGGAUGUUGCCAAGACGUUGUUGGACACUUUUGGAUGUUUAGAAAGGUCCUACCGCAGCCUUUUGAACGGUAUGUGAUGGAGCCUUACAUUGGAACAGUAGGCUCGUGUUGAAGUUGACAAGCCUACAUGGAUUUAACGGGGUUUUCCUCUUGAGGAGAAGAGCUGUGAGACAACAGCCGACGAAUUCCCCUCCCACCAUGUUGGUAUCAAGAACUCUUCGCUUUUGUUGUCAAAGGCGUUUCCUUGUGCCUCUCAUAGCUCUAGCAUUGGCCUCGCCUUGGGUUCUGAAAGGGGUGGUUUUCAACACCAACCCAAAGCCUUAUGAAUUGCAUGUGGAUCCCCAACAUCAAGAGCUGGUGCAUACCUAUGUGCGAAGUGUCUUAGCAAGAGAAUGCAGACCUUCCUUUGCCCGGAAAGGAAUUGAGGCUCGGAUUCCCACAACCACCCCAGUGAUGGAGCCUUUCCUGUGGAGAGAAACCAGUUCAAUGGAUACAGUUUUCCAAUAUCCACCUCCCUUUGGAUUUCUGGACCUGCAGGACAAGCUCAUGGAGGUCCUGAGGCUUCUGCAGCCCUCCCCCACUCAAGAACAUCAUGAGAAAGAUUGCCAGCGAUGUGUGGUGGUGGGCAAUGGAGGAAUCUUACGUGGGCUGGAGCUUGGAACUCUGAUUGACCAAUUUGACAUGGUUAUUCGGCUGAAUAGUGGUCCAGUGCGACGUUUCAGCAAAGAUGUGGGCAAUCGCACCACCAUUCGGAUGAGCUACCCAGAGGGCAGUCCAAAGGUCUGGGAGGACGUGGACCCAAAACUGAAAUAUGUGGCUGUGAUCUAUAAAUCGGUGGACUUCAAUUGGCUCAAUGCCAUGAUUACCAAACAGAAAGUGUCAUUGUGGGACUGGCUGUUCUUCUGGCAGAAGGUGCCCGAUGAAAUCCCGAUAAAGUUGUCGCAGUUCUACAUCCUAAACCCAGAGAUCAUCAGGGAGACGGCCUUAGAUCUAUUGCAGUACCCAAAGCCAAAGUUCCGGCUCUGGGGUUGGGACCAGAACGUGCCAACCCUGGGGAUGUCUGCUCUUAACCUGGCAAGCUACUUGUGUGAUGAGGUGAGCCUAGCUGGCUUUGGCUACAACCUCAGCCAGAGAGAGGCAUCGUUGCACUAUUACGAUAAUCUGCCCAUGUCAUCAAUGCUGACACAGGAGAUGCACAAUGUGGACCAGGAGCGGGCACUCCUCCAGAGCCUAGUGGCAGAGGGAAGCAUCGCAGAUCUCACAGGGGGUAUCCACUGCAGUUUCUGCCCCAGCUGAUGGCACCUCUCUUGACUGGCCAGACCUGUUUAGCCCCGUCAGAAGAGGUUAAUGUGAAGGUUUUCAAAGCCGUGUGUUUUGGCCAAGAUGACCUGAGGUGCGUACAAAUUUUCAAACAUAGGCAAACGUUUGGAAAGAAAUCUCUGUUUGCCUUGAGUUUUUGGGGAACGUUUGCAAACACUCGUAAACCGUCUGAGGAGGUAGUUCUCCGUGAAAAUGCAGUGGAGCUGGACGUGGCCUUGAUGAGCACAAUGCAAUUACUGUUACAAGGUUCACACCAAAUCGCUCAAAUUUAACGGUUUAGAAGAAACAUGUUCACAUCGAACGUUGGCCAAUGUUUGCUGAAUUUGAACGCACCUGUGUUGUUGAGAUAAAUGUCAGAGGAGGGGGAAAAGGGGGAACAGUCCUGUUUUAAUAUGAUCUCAUCAUAAUAUUAUCUGGAAUCAAGGAUGGGUGCAUUUUGAUACACUGAUCAACUCAAUAAAUACAAUAGGGCUGUAGUCUGACAACAGGAGGCAUGUUUGCAUGUUCUAGUUGCAAUACUAAACUACAAUCAAUAGAAUUAGACUACAACUUCAUUCUCAUGCUCCUUUUCAUUUUUUAGAGUGAGAGCUAUACUCUCAGGUAUUUUCUGCUGCUGCCUUAUGGUCUUAAUGGGUUUAGGUUGUUAUUGUUUUUGUUUAGAUUUUAGAAUACAUAUUUGUAUAUGCAGCUGCCGUCAGAAAUUGUCUCAUAGUUUUCAUACUGGUAUACGGAUUUGCAUAAGGCGAAUCAACAGAUCUUUUAUGACUUGCAAUACAGAAACAUCUUACUCUUAAAAUGUAUGAUGAAUCUCGAUGGGAAAAACUAACUUAACAAAUGUGAUGUUUUGAUUGUGGUCAAAGACAAUUAGUGAAUGACCGAAGCAGAAAGGUUGACAUUUCUGUACCUAGGUUCUACUUAUGUGUGGUGCAAAGACUGUUUACAUUAAGUGGUACUUGCCGAUUACAUUGCUUAGAAGUGUUUGCAGAUGAUAUUGGCUAAAAUAUGUACAUUAUGAAUAUUACAUGCACUUUACAGUGUUUUUCUGUUGUAUUCGGGAGAAACAUGCAUGCGACCUAAUGUGAACUUUACUCAGGCCAGUCACUGUAUAACCCACACCUGGUUUAGAUUAUUUCAGCUCAACACUGAGGUGUGUGUGUGUGUGUGUGUGUGUGUGUGUGUGUGUGUGUGUGUGUGUGUGUGUGUGUGUGUGUGUGUGUGUGUGUGUGUGUGUGUGUGUGUGUGUGUGUGUGUGUGUGUGUGUGUGUGUGUGUGUGUGUGUGUGUGUGUGUGUGUGUGUGUGUGUGUGUGUGUGUGUGUGUGUGUGUGUGUGUGUGUGUGUGCGUGCGUGCUUGUUUGUGUGUCUGUUGAAAAAGGUGUAAUCGGCCACUUGACUGUAAAGAGUUGUAGACAUGUACACUGCAUGUCUUUGGCACUGUACGUCUUAUGACAAUUGGUACUCGAGUGUUCUGACUUUUUUGAUUGUUUUUGCCAUAAUUUUACAAUCUUGUUUUAUCAUUCCAAUGUAUUUAUUUCAGGUUAUGGGCCUUACUUUAUCAUGCUGUACAUCCUCCAGCGUUGCAACAAAGCUUUCAUUUAAAGGGAUAUUCCGCCAUUUUUGGAAAUAAGCUCAUUUCCCACCUCCCCUCGAACAAAACAAUCCAUAUUUACCUUGUUCCCGUUCAUCCAGCCAUU